CGACAUUAAACAAGAUGGCGUCUCAGAGCAACGGUAACACGAUGUCAGGGCACGACAGAUCUAGAAAACCAAAAAAUGAAGAAGACGAUGACGAUGACCCCGUUGAAAAAAUGUUGAAGAAAGCUGGAUGCCUUGAUCAACAUUAUGCAGUACAGGAGUGUAUGUUUGAUAACAAAGACUGGACAAAAUGUCAAGGUCAAGUACAGGAUUUCAGGGAAUGUAUAGAAAGGUCACAGAAGAAGAAAAAGUGAUUUCUAUGGACUUGCUACAGAAACUAUCUAAUGUAUGUGUUCCAAGGCUGUCACAGGAGCAGCUGUAUUGUCAUCAAUGCUAAAGAGGCUGCUGAGGAAUUGUCUAGAUGGAGACUUUUACUCUGCAAUGACUUUGUAUAAGACUAUUUGUUUGAGCUCAUUAUGGAACUUGACAAUGUUCUGGUCUUAAUUAAGAAUCAAAAUCCCAAAAAUUUGUAUUUAGGUAUGCAGUUUGAGUGUAAAAAGUGGCUGUGUUAUAAUUGAAUGCAAAGUAUGUGUAUUUAUCCAAUUCUUGUGUGGAUGAUAGGAAUUUGAUGGAUAUCAGCUGUUAAAUUUAGGGCAGCAUCUGGAACAAUUCUGUUCUUCUAAUACCUCAUGUUCUGUUUCCUGCAGCCUGUUGUGAUGUUGAGAUAUAUAUAUUAAAUAUUUAUUGUUGAAUGAUACUAGUAUUUUAUAUGAACAAUUUAAUCUGGUAUACAAUUAAAUAUUUGUUUUUUACA